ACGUUACUUUCCGUCGCCACAUACGUAUCUGGAACAGUGAGUCACUCUCCGAUAGUGGCAUCGCAGUGGAUUGCCACGCCGCACUGAGCACUUGUCGUCGCUCCUGCUCUUCCUCGUGCGUAUACACUACGCGCAACAACUCGACGAACAUGAGGCGCUCGGACGGAGACGAUGUUGCUCCUAGUACCUCUUCCUCCACGGCCGCGACAAGCGCCUCAGCGCUGGACACGCCACAGAUGAACCCUUCCACGCUGCCCAUGCACGCGGCCAACACGUCCCCGCCCGGCAGCGGGGUGCUGCUACUAGGCAAACUCAUGCGCCGCGACCGUCGUCUGUUCACGUGGAAGUGGCGGGACUUCGUUCUGGAGCGCACGCGUCUUCAAUACUUCAGCCAAAAGGGCAACCGCAAGGGCGACAUCCCGCUCACGCCGCACACGCCCAUCACCAUCCGCAUGUGCAGCGAGCCCAAACCUUUCGGCUUCCUGCUGUUUAUCAAGGACACGAAGCUCACACUGGCUGCUGCCACCGAACGAGAGAGACACCAGUGGAUCGACGUCUUCUGUGACGUCUUCCACGCCAGCGUGGAGCAGGCACCGGCAGACAACAAGGCCGAGCGCAGAGCGAAACCCACGUACCUGCCUAUCCCCGAUCUGGGGGAUGAUGGCCUGGAUCAUGACAGUAGUGCAAGUAACUUACUCGUACAUCAGAGCAAUUCGAUGGAGAUGGCGGACCUUGUGGACGGGGGAGGAGUCUCGACCCCCGUGAUGGCGCACAAUGUGCUGGAUAACGAGCAUGUGGGCAGCAUGAAGCGAGAUUCAUUCGGAGAAGACGUGAUCCCGAUCUUAGAGUCUCGAAUGACGUACGGACCGAUGAAGGAGAUGUACUCUCGGAUCACAUUCCCUCCCAGUCUAGCUAACGGAGACUUGCUGGUUGGUGUGGGGCCUAUUGUGCGUCGUAUGGGCUGGACGGACGAGCGGAUCUUGGCUGUAGGCAUGUACAUCGACCCAGAGACGGCAACGAAAGAGCUGGAGAAGUUCCAUGGACGAGAUGCCAAGAGUUUAUACGGAGACCAACAGUUCUACGACCAUCUGCUGUUCCACACGACAUUCCGACGUAGCUUUGUCGUCACAGCGCGCAAGCGUGUGUCCAAAUCCGUGCUUACGGCGCUGCUACGAGACGAAUUGGCCCCUCGAAUGGGAGCUAAUGCUGCAGCAGUGGGCACCUUCCUCGGGUUCAUUGAGAAAUCUCUCAAGAAAGCCGAGUCCAUGGUCAUGCGGGUCCACGAGGACGACCGCUUUGAGUACCGACUACGCGGUCAGUUGUACCCGCCGAUUGCAUCCCAUGCUCUUUGUAAAUGUAUCCAGGCACUGUUCUUCGACAGUAACUCGAUCCAGCACGAUGCAAAACGCGGACUGGUGGAGCGUUUGCCGUCGCUUUGGGGCGGAGAAGUGCUCGAUGCUCAAGACGAGAUCUUCGGCAGUCUUCAUGAAAGGAUUCAAAGCUUGGAUAGUGAUGACGAUGACGAUUCGGACUCAGGUGAUGAUGAUAGUGACGAUGACAGCGAGGCUGAAGAUCUCUUUGGUACUGCUGAACAUGGAGAUCAUGAUCAUCAAGAAAGACAGGAAGAUGGACUGGAGAACGAAGAGAAACCUCACGAUGAAGAAGAGCAGGUGACUAAGCCACGUAAGAGCAGUCGAGCCAAGAGAAACAGUCAUCUUGGUCCUCCUAAGAUGCACCGACAGCCUUCAACCAAGGACGAGUGGGCUGAAUACGACGACGAAGAGCUUGAGAUGUUGCGUCGCGAGAGUCGCAGCCUCAUGGUGCAUUUCGGACCGAUGGUGGAUCGAGACAGUAGCGUCAUGUUUAGUGGUGACUUGGUGGUUGACGGCAGUGCGUUAUUGGGGACGUGGGCUCAUGAGUUCUCAGUGUCACCAGAGGAAUACGACGAACCCUACGGAUCUCACCAAUACCGAUUCACGGUGGGUUUGUAUGUGGAUCCCGGUGCUCUUACUGAAAGUCUUCUGAAGUACAAGGGCCUCUCCAUCGGCAGUAUUGUCCAAGACACGGACUACUUCCACCAAUUCUCACAUGGCAAGUUCCAGAAGCAUCUGGUCUUCAAAGUGGACGCCAAGAUGAAGCUUCGUCAUUUACUCGAGUACUUCGACACUCGCUUCAGCUCCUUGGUCUCUUCGUUUGAGGACGUGAAGCAGCCUCUUGAUAAAUUGGUGGAGCUCUGGGAUACCGCACAUCCACAACAUCAGCAGAUUGAAUUGUGUCCGAAAGAUGAAGCACGAUUCUCGAUUUAUCCCGAUGGAAAACUAAUCUUACGAGUGAAGAAACGUGGAUCGUUCAAGGACGAUAAGAAGACUAACCACUCGGUUGCGUCUGUAUCUUCAAGUGAUGAGACUAUCGUUCACAGUACUGGAAGCAGUGACUCUGCAGUUACAAGCAUGUCUCGUACGGGCUCUUCAGGCGAGACUACUCUCGCACACACUAGUAGCUUCCGUCCCACUGAGUUGGAGCUAACACUGCCUCCUCCUCCAUUUUAUUUGGCUUUAGAGAGCUUGAUCUUCGGCUUCCACGCGAUCGCACCGACAGCGCGCACUCAGCUGAUGGAACGUGUGCCAAACCUGUUAGAUCUCGCUCGAGACGACCUCGUACACACUUAUCACGACGAAAUCCAAGCCUUACGAGAGAACUACAAACGUCAAAAACCCGAGAACCGCGUAAAAGUCGGCUAUCUGUCGAUUUCGUUCGAGAAGCGCAAACUACAACGAAAUGCUGAAAAAGGAGGCGCCAAGGAGGUCACAAUGGUGCCUUCACGCUGGUCGAAACGCUGGUGCAGACUGGACGGCACUCUGUUUUCGUAUUAUUCCCACAAACGCUCUCGUAAGUACCGUGACAUGAUGGAACUUACUCGUUGCGAGGUUGUCGAGAUCACGGCGAAUAGCGGUCCCGAUAUCGCCCGGUUCGCGCUGGAAAAAGGUGAGAACGACAGCAUUCGGAUCGCCAUCAUCAAGCCAAACGGUGAGAUUCUCGCGUUAAGGACAGAGACGAUCUACGAAGGCGAAGAGUGGCUGGAAUCUCUCACCGACGCGAGCAAAGUGCGGCGUCAUGCUGGGUCUACAGACAACUGGACGUCUUGGGAUGCCAACUUCUCUCAGCUUCGACGACGAAGCAGUAGCACAAGGGACAUGCUACCCAACCGAGGCGAUAGGAGUGGAUCCUCUGCCAGUGCGUUACACAGUGAACGGCGUUCUAGUGUCGAGCAUGAUGCCAAGAUGAAUGGUGGCGUUGUAACCAGCCUGGCGUCGACUGUGCAGGUCGAGGAUGUUGACGAAGAAGUCGAAGAAUACGAUAGCGAUGAGGAUCUCGUCGAGAAGGACGGGUCUUUGCUUGCGUGGGUGCAAGAAGACCCUCGUCAUGCCGUUAUUGCCUUUUUGGUAGUGCUUAUCGUGUACCUUGCAUCAGUGAUGCAUCGUAAACAACCUGCCCUCGUUAACGCUGAGUAGGCGAGAAAAUGCCUUAAAUGAAUGUAUCUUCCCUUUAGGUCUUCA